UUUGUCUAAUUAUUUACAGCUGCCCCUUCCUUGCCAGUCACCUGACCCUGGCCAUUCCCAUCAUCGGGGGUGUCCUGUUCUUCUUUGUCAUCAGCUGUCUGCUGCAGACGAGCCUCAGAGACCCAGGUAUUCUGCCCAGAGCCACCCCCAGUGAGGCUGCAGACCUGGAGAAACGGAUUGAUAGCAUGGGCACCUCCACCUACCGCCCACCUGCCCGGACAAUGGAAGUGGUUAUAAACAAAUACGUGGUGAAAUUAAAGUACUGCUAUACCUGCAAAAUGUUCCGACCCCCCAGGACCUCUCACUGCAGCGUCUGUGAUAACUGUGUAGAGCGGUUUGAUCACCACUGCCCCUGGGUAGGCAACUGUGUGGGGAAGCGCAACUAUCGCUACUUCUACGCCUUCAUCCUCUCCCUCUCCUUCCUGACGGCCUUCAUUUUUGCUUGUGUCGUCACCCACCUCACUCUGCGCUCUCAGGGAAGUGGAUUCCUCACCACUCUGAAGGCAACACCGGCGAGCGUGCUGGAGUUGGUGAUAUGUUUUUUCUCAGUCUGGUCUAUUUUGGGCCUCUCAGGUUUUCACACUUACCUAGUCGCCUCCAACCUGACGACGAAUGAAGACAUCAAAGGGUCGUGGUCAAAUAAGAGAGGCUCAGAGUUUGCCAAUCCCUACAGCCAUAAGAGUAUCCUCACCAACUGCUGUGCAGUAUUGUGUGGGCCAUUCCAUCCCAGGUCAUCUCUAAGUGGCUGGAAUUCUACAUGCAUCUUGCAGCUGCUUUUCAGAUCAAGAUGGAGCAUUGCAUGCUGGGAUAUGUGGUCUGUGGAGGUCUUCACCUCUAUCAGAGAUGGGGUUGACUGCAAUCCUCUCCAUUUUAUGCAGUAUGCUGGAAACCUUAGCCUUCUGGCAAGUAGUCAAUGCUGUCCUUACUCAGACAAUUUGGAGACUCUUGCAUUAAAAGGACACAAUGAUUUCCUAUUUAAUUUGAUCCUGACAAAUUCCCUUACCUGUGAAUUAUCUGCAACUGUCAUUAAAGCAGGAAGGAAUAAUGCCAAACAUCUCUCUGACUUUUCCUCAACUGUGCUGAUUUGCUUCUUGUUUUUCACUGGGCUUGGACAAUGAAACCAGACCAGUGAGUUCCCCCCUCUGCUCUUCCCCGGGGCAGGGUCCCUGGGUUGCAGAGUUCCUGGGGCAAUGUUGUUCACUGCUUAAACUGAAUUGCAGUUUAAAAAAAUCAUUUAAUGAAACCUGGUUUGUACCUUUCAAAAAACAAACAAACAAAAACCCUCUGUAACCUGCCUAACAUCUUCCAUCUGAGGCGCUCAGACUAGACGAUCAGAAUGGUCCCUUCUGGCUUUAACAGCUAUGAAUCUAAUCCCAUCAAAAAAUAAAACUGCCAUGGUUUAGUCACAUGAGGGCGCAGUCGGGCAAAUUUAAAAUAAUCUCUUGGGUUGGGUGGUUGGGAGUUUCAUCCCAACCCACGUUUUGUAGCUCUCAGCCUGUUGAAUGCUUCAGGCACUUUUGAGACAGUGUUUCUUUUGCUGGGAGGAACCAAUUUGAACUUACUGGGAGGAUUCCAGAAAUACUAGCCCAAUGUAAGUGUAAUGAAAUAAUUCAGGGAAGGUCAGCUGUUGUUUAACCUGUGCUCAGGAGGGCUGUUACACCAUGAGCUAAGGAGGGUUUUGUUUUUCCCUCUAAAAUACUUCCCAAGGUUCUUGUCCUUUUCAGUGUCACUGUUACUAUGGAGUCCAUGAUAGUAAGUGAGCUAAUCUAUUUAAAUAUGUUGAGAGCACUGGGAGGCAGACGACUGCUAAUGGGAUAAUAGUAUUUCACUCCUGCUCUAGGGGGCCUCUCCAGCUCCAGCCUACCACAGUAGUGACACAACUUUGUCUCUAGUUCUGAGUGCUCAGGAACCCAUAUCAUCCAUCCCCCCCACUGACACUUUGUCUAGCAGUCCCCACAAAGAGACAAGCAGGGCUUGGGGAAGCUUACCCUGCUGCUGUCACUAUGGUACUGGUUCUGUGGCUGCAGUGGGGACUUGACUGUCCAGGGUGGACAAGCCAGCAGCUUCCAGGUGCACUCAGCUCACACCAAGAGAUUUGAAGAAACGCCUUCCUGCCCAGAGUGCUAAGUGUUUGGGCUCAGGUGGGUGUGCAUAGCCUUGCCGGUCACCUUGGAGUUUAAGCGACAAGUGUUUGAAAACAUUCACAAGAAAAGUCUGAGCCAUAGUUAAGUGCUGUCCUGUGUGCGGAGUCUGUUCCCUCUCCCCAGUCACCCUCAUGAGAUUUGGCCAAGGGGAUUUUCCUGAGUGCAUUCAAAUUCCCUAAUCUCUGGACAGACACAGCUGUCUUGUGCUAAUGAUCAAAUGCUGUCAGGGUUUGCUAGAAUCACAGAAAUAUAGGACUGGAAGGUAUCUUGAUAGGUCAUCUAGGCUUGGCCCCUGCACUGAGGCAGGACUAAGUAUUAUCUACACCAUCCCUGACAGGUGUUUG